AUGUCUACCGAAAUACUCUUCAAAGUGGACGGCCUGGUGGCCUUAAUCACAGGCGGAGGCUCUGGAAUCGGAUUGAUGAUAGCCAAGGCUCUGGCUAACAACGGAGCCUCCAAAGUCUAUAUCGCAGGCCGUCGGUACGAAGUCUUGGAAGAAGCCGCGAAGUCCAUUGGCUCAAAUGUCAUCCCGCUGCAAUGCGACGUCACAUCCCAGAAGCAACUGCAGGAAGCAGCUGCUGUGGUCGAAAAGGAAGUUGGAUAUCUCAACCUUCUAGUUUGUAAUUCGGGCAUUGGCGGCCCUCAGGUUAAGCCAAUUACUCCGGAGACGACACUCGAAGAGUGGGUGGCUGAGAACUUAAAGCAUGACUACAGCUCGUACUUGGAGACACUUUCGGUCAACUCUGCAUCUGUCUGGUAUACUGCUAUGAGUUUCUUGAGUCUUCUGGACCGCGGCAAUAAGAAGGGAAAUGUCGAGCAGACCUCCCAGGUUAUUGUCACCAGCUCUAUUGCCUCUUUCAAUAAGAAGGCGCCUGGUGGAUGGGCCUAUGGCCAGUCCAAGGCUGCUGCAACGCACGCUGCGAAACAGUUAGCUGUGGCUCUGCCGCAGUGGAAUAUUCGUGCCAAUUGUGUUGCGCCGGGAUUAUUUCCAAGUGAAAUGUCUGCCCCCUUGCUCGCAAACAUGAAGGAAGGUGAAGCCAAUGACCUGCCAGCCGAGAUGAUUCCUCUGAAAAGGGUUGGCGAUGAGAAGGAAAUGAUGGGAACGUUCUUGUAUCUCGCAUCUCGUGCGGGUGGGUAUACUAACGGGGCCGUGAUCGUUGUUGAUGGUGGUAGACUGGGAAACUUCCCAUCAACCUUUUGA